CUUGCAGGUAGGGCUUGGUGGCUGCGCUCGCCGCGUGGCCGUUCGGUCCGGAGCGGGCCUGGUGGGCGGGGCCGGCGGCAGGCAGGGCGGGGCGGGGCGGGGCCGGCGGCUCUGGCCUGGGCGCGCGAGCGUCGCCUGCCUCGCGGGCCGCCCUGGGCCCCGGCCCCCGCCCCGCCCCCGCCUCGCGCGCCAACGCUUUCCGUGCGGUGCCGGCCUCGCAGAGAGGCGCGUCAGGCCAACAUGCGGGGCAGCCCGGCGCCCAGCUCGGCCUCGUCGUCGGCCUCCGACCUGAGCCGCAGCCCUGCGCACAGCAGGUCCGACUUGCGGCCCGGCACGGCGGGCGACUACAGCCUGAGCGCCAGCCUGUCGGCCUGCACGUUGCUUUCCGAGGGGGCCGUGGAACCCAUGCAGAUUGAUGUCGAUCCGCAGGAAGAUCCGCAGAACGCACCUGAUGUCAACUAUGUGGUGGAGAAUCCCACCCUGGAUCUGGAGCAGUAUGCAGCCAGCUACAGUGGCCUGAUGCGAAUUGAGCGACUACAGUUUAUUGCUGACCGUUGCCCUCCACUGAGGGUAGAGGCCUUGAAAAUGGCUCUAUCCUUCGUGCAGAGGACCUUCAAUGUGGACAUGUAUGAAGAGAUACACCGGAAGCUCUCCGAGGCUACCAGGGAGCUGCAGAAUGCACCUGAUGCCAUCCCUGAGAGUGGAGUGGAGCCCCCGCCCCUGGACACAGCCUGGGUGGAGGCCACUCGGAAGAAGGCUCUGUUGAAACUGGAGAAGCUGGACACGGACUUGAAGAACUAUAAGGGCAAUUCUAUCAAAGAGAGCAUCAGGCGCGGCCACGAUGACCUGGGUGAUCACUACCUGGACUGUGGGGACCUCAGCAAUGCCCUCAAAUGUUACUCACGAGCCCGAGACUACUGCACCAGUGCUAAGCAUGUCAUCAACAUGUGCCUCAACGUCAUCAAGGUCAGUGUCUACUUGCAAAAUUGGUCUCAUGUGUUAAGCUAUGUCAGCAAGGCCGAGUCUACUCCAGAGAUUGCUGAGCAGCGGGGAGAGCGGGACAGCCAGACGCAAGCCAUCCUCACCAAGCUCAAGUGUGCUGCAGGCUUGGCUGAGCUGGCCGCACGGAAGUAUAAGCAAGCAGCCAAGUGCUUCCUUCUGGCUUCCUUUGAUCACUGUGACUUCCCAGAGCUGCUGUCCCCCAGCAAUGUGGCUGUCUAUGGUGGCCUGUGUGCCUUAGCCACCUUUGACCGGCAGGAGCUGCAACGAAAUGUCAUCUCCAGCAGUUCCUUCAAGCUGUUCCUGGAGCUGGAGCCACAGGUCAGAGACAUCAUCUUCAAAUUCUAUGAAUCCAAGUAUGCCUCAUGCUUGAAGAUGCUGGACGAGAUGAAGGAUAACCUGCUCCUGGACAUGUACCUGGCCCCUCACGUCAGGACACUGUACACCCAGAUUCGUAACCGGGCUCUUAUCCAAUACUUCAGCCCCUAUGUGUCAGCUGAUAUGCACAAGAUGGCUGCAGCCUUCAACACAACAGUUGCAGCUCUGGAAGAUGAGCUGACACAGCUCAUUCUGGAGGGCCUUAUUAAUGCCCGCAUCGACUCACACAGCAAGAUACUGUAUGCUCGAGAUGUGGAUCAGCGUAGCACCACCUUUGAGAAGUCCCUGCUGAUGGGCAAGGAAUUCCAACGACGUGCCAAAGCUAUGAUUCUGAGAGCAGCUGUGCUCCGCAACCAGAUCCAUGUCAAGGUGAAGAGCCUGGGGUGCGAGGGAAUGGGCGGCACUCACACAGCCUCCACUGAACCCUCCCUGUCCACUGCAGUCUCCUCCUAGAGAAGGGAGCCAAGGGGAGCUGACUCCAGCCAACAGCCAGUCACGCAUGAGUACCAACAUGUGAAAGGCAUUCCUGUGACCGUCAGACCAUAGUCUGCACACCUACUCUGCCUGUGGAAGCAGCACCUGGGCCUCCUGCCUGCUUUCCUCAAGACGAGAGAGACCCCAGACUGUGUGUGGUUCAUUAGAGCAGUCUGGCCACUGGGGUGCCAGUUCGUUGGCCUUCCACGCUGAGGUACCCUCUGCAGUGGUAGGCAGCCUGCCCAUAUGGCCACUUGGGCCUGACUCUAAGUUUCUGCCCCAGUGAAACAGACCAUGUGCAAUUCCCAGGUAAGGGUACCUCAGACCCUUCCUGUCCAUGUAGUUCCGACUGCAGCAGUGUCUUAACUGAGUAGUCCAUUAAAGUACAAGUUGAUCAUUGC